CUCGAAAAUUUGGAAUCCGGAGUCAUACCAAUUGUACCAAUGCAAUGGACAUUUCGUGUCACAAUCAGCGGUCAUGAAGAAGUAAUAACACGAAUGCAACUACCAUUAACACCAGCAUACACAUUUACGGAUUAUCGAGCUCAAGGUCAAACAAUUAGCAAUGCUAUUAUCGAUAUCAGAACACCACCCAGUGGUGAACUCACUUUAUUCAGCAUAUACAUUGCAUUGUCUCAAGCACAUGGUCAAGAAAAUAUUCAUCUGCUUCAGGAUUUU